CAGGCACUGUGCAGGAAUGUAGUCUCCAACGUAUCGGUUACAUGUGGGAACUCAGUCGUCCUGCCGUGCCAAGCUACUGGUGUGGCGGAGCCCACUAGCAUCAUCUGGCAGAAACAAUCGACUGGCGGUGACUUGGUGGUGCAUGGGCAGCCAGAAGACUCCAUGGGCAAUCGCCAAAGUGCCUGGUACAAGAACAGGACCAUGCUGCAUCCCAACCAUAACCUGACCCUCCAGAAUGCCAAGCUGAACGACAGUGGCACCUACCUUUGUUUCAUCCGCCCGAACCCCCAGCAGAAGAGUGAACUUUGCUCCAUGGUUUCGCUGGGCGUCAGUCAAGACGCCGAUGUUUUCUGGGCAGUGCACUCCGAGGUCAGAGCGAAACAUGGGGAAGAGCUGAGUUUUCACUGGGGCUUGAACCUGCACUGUAUCACCACUGACGACCUGGGAGUGAACUGCGGGAUCCACAACUCUACCGAGCAGCGCCGCUUCGAGCUGCGGAGAGUGGGGGCAGCCGGAGGAGCCCGCUCCGAGCUCCCCGUCCUGAUCCUGGAAGAGGCCGGCGGAUUGGCCAGCUUCCGCGUGCCGGGCUUCUCCUUCGGGCGGCCAGGGGGUGCCAUCGAGUGUUGCCUGGACAACGGCAGGAAGGAGGUGUGUGCCCGCGCCAGGGUCAACAUCAUGGGGUCCACAAACAGCACUGGCUCAACACACCGGGGACGCCAUCAACUCUUAACCUUGUUGCUGCUGACCUUCGUCAUGGUUACUUUGUGAAAAUAAGGGACUUUUUCAGCAGAACUGGUGAUAGCUGAGCACAGAUGAGGAUGCAAAUCUGCUUCCCCAAAUGUCAGAGAGAGGAAGCAGCCUCUGCCUUCUCUUAUAAGUCAGAUGUUUACAGCACAGGAAGAGGUCAGUCAAUCCUUCCGCAGUUUCCAGUUCUGAGCCCGUUCGGAGGAGGUUGAUCAUCACCAUGUUGUCGAAAUAAAGGUUUCAGGUUUUAA